ACCUACAAUAAAAAAAUAAACAAAAAUCUGAAGAAAUAAACCCUUAAACCCUAUCUUUCUCUAUCGACAUCAACCAUAGCAAUUUCCAUUUCCAUGGCAAUUUCAACCUUCAAGUUAGUCUGCAAACCCAAUCUUCAUCUUCGCACUAUCCCAUUCCAAUGUGUGCACAAGGUUGUGCCAAAAUCUGUACCUUCUGUUCAUCCAGAGGAAUGUAGUAGAAGCUUAAUUCUCAAACAAGUAAAUAAUAAGAAUACACUGUGGAAGAAAUUUAAUUCCGAAGAGCUUGGAUUUCGAGAUUAUAUGAUAGCUAGUCCAAUUAAUAAGGUUCUCAACAAGUUGAAGAAAAAGGGGUAUGAUGUUUACCUUGUAGGAGGUUGUGUACGGGACCUGAUACUAAUGCAAACACCAAAAGAUUUUGAUAUUAUAACUUCAGCAGAUCUUAGAGAGGUGAAGAGAACAUUUUAUUGGUGUGAGAUAGUUGGCAGAAGAUUCCCAAUAUGUCAUGUUCACAUGGAUGGUAUCAUCGUUGAGGUUUCAAGUUUUAAAACCUACAGAUGGAAGCCUGGUAGACACUUUUCUCAUGAUGUCGAAUUCGAGGCACCCAAGGGAUGUGACAAGGAGGACUAUCUUCGUUGGAGAAAUUGUUCGAAAAGAGAUUUUACAAUUAACGGGUUCAUGUUUGAUCCAUUUGCAAAAAUAGUAUAUGAUUACAUGGGAGGAAUGAAAGAUAUUAUAAAAGCUAAAGUCCGAACCAUGGUUCCUGCAGCUACUUCUUUUCAAGAGGAUUAUGCUCGCAUUCUUCGUGGAAUUAGAAUUGCUGCUCGCUUGGGGUUUAGUAUUUCAACUGAAACUGCUCGUUCUAUUAAAGCUCUUUCAUAUUCAGUAUUAAGACUUGAUAAGGGUAGGCUCCUGAUGGAAAUGAAUUAUAUGCUAGCAUAUGGAUCUGGUGAAGCUUCUUUGAGGCUAUUAUGGAAAUAUGGCCUUCUAGAUAUUCUUCUUCCCUUUCAGGCUCUUUACUUUGUUCGUCGUGGAUUUCGGAGACGAGACAAAAGAACCAAUAUGCUCUUGUCUUUCUUCUUCAAUUUGGAUAAACUUUUGGCACCUGAUCGUCCGUGUCAUAGCAGCUUAUGGGUUGGUAUUCUUGCAUUGCAUAAAUCUUUGAGUGAUCAACCAAGGAAUCCCUUGGUGAUUGCUGCAUUUAGCCUUGCAGUUUAUAAUGGUGGAAAUUUGCUGGAAGCAGCAGACAUAGCUAGGAGGAUCAACCAACCACACGACAUCAGAUUUCCUGAAUUAUCAGAUCCUUGCGAUCUGAAUGCGAAGGCUUUGGAAAAUGAGAUUUUGGAUCUUGCAGAGUCAGUUAAAGUCUCACUGCUGCAGAUGACAUCUAGGCACUCGGUAGCUCGAGCUAUGGCUGACUAUCCUAAAGCACCUUAUUCAGAUAUGGUGUUCAUCCCAUUGCCAAUGUACCUAAAAGUUCUUGGCAUUUUUGACUGUCUGAAAGUAGAUGCUUGUAAGAGAUUAUUGUCCAAGGAGGGCAGAGAAAUUGAUUAUGAAUCCUUAGCUCGUGGUGACCUGCGAGAAAUGCGGCGCUUGUUUGCAAGGGUUGUAUUUGAAACUGUAUAUCCACUGGAUUUUCAGGACAGUACUACAGCAGUUUGAAGCUUUACUAUAAAUUGGGAGAAUAUUGAUGCUGGAGUAAACAGCUAAGGUGAAAAGUGGAACAGAGGUGCGGUGAAGGCCCGAUUCCAGCAUCUGAUAUUUGAGUGGCACUUGCAGGAAUGAUCCCCAACUGUCAUGGGCCAGUGACAGCUUCUGGGCAGGACUGCUAUGCAACGUACCUAACUCAGACUAAACAGUCCACGGAAAAAUCAUAACAGAAGAAAACUUUUCCAAUCCCCCAACAAAAUUCACUUUUUUUUCUUUUCUUUUCUUUUCUUUUCAAUUUCAUUUAUUUAUUUUAGUUAUAGAAUUAUUCUUUUAUCAAGCAUGAAAUUUCCAUGUUGUUCUUUUAGUGUGAUGUAAACUUUCUACUACCAAAUUUAACAUUAAUGUUGUAUGCCUAGUCAAAAUAUAAUAAUGUUGUAUGUACAAUAAAUUCAGAUGGCAAAGUCAUUAAAUAUUUAAAUCUAAAUCUCCUAAAGUUCAAUAUU